UCACCCUCAUGCGCCCGUGACCUCGUGACCUUACAUCCGCCAGUCCAAGAUGGCGGCGUCCAGGGCGAUUUUGUCGGGUUGCAGACGGUGUCUCCGUUCCUGGCGGGAUUGCCGGAGACUCUCCCCGUCCCUGUCCUCCUCAGGUGUGCGGCUGUGUGCGUCGGCGUCAGGUGAGACGGGAUCAGACACUUCCAAGCCGACCCUGCCUUCCCCUCCUGACUUCUUCCACCCGGCGGUCCAGUCCAUUCUGGUGCAGAUCACGGGGGUGGACAUUGAGACGGUUUUCCACCAGGUCAGGGCCAAAGUGGACCCUCCCACCUACAGACUCAUGACAGAGGAGCAGCUGAAAAAGGCGUACGAUGAAACGGUCCAGCGAGCGAGCAAGAAGCUGCAGAUGCCUCCGGUGCUGCCGGAGAGAGCUCCGAUCGACCCCACACCGAUAGCGGAGAACCCAGAGCUGGAAGGGCUGGAGACGUCAAACCUGGUGUUCACAGACAUCUCACAGAACAUCCCCGACAGGGAAAGAUUUAUCGUGGUACGUGAGCUGGACGGCGUUCUGCGCCGCGCCACGUGGGAGGAACGAGACCGGCUGCUGCAGGUGUACUUCCCGAAGGAAGGUCGCAGGAUCCGACCUCCGCCGCUAUUCCAGGAGGACCACAUGAACAUUGUUCUGGAGGCAGAUCGCCAUGUGGACCUGCUGGAUCUCUGCUGUAUCCAGUUUGAACCAGACUCGCAAGACUUCAUCAGGAUCCACCGACAUGUGUACGAGGAUGUGUACCAUGGGAAGAAGUACGGCCUACUGCGCUCCACGCGGCACUUCGGCGGGCUGGCAUGGUACCUCACACAAAACAGCAAGGUCGACGACCUCCUGGUGGAUAUGCUACAGGUGGACCUUGCUGAUGAUGCUGUGCAGCUGGUGAGGUUGUACUGCAUGUUGCACCCUGACAGCCAAUCAGCAACCCAGAUUGCACAGGGCAACCUGCAGGGAUUGGACACUGUCAAGGCAUUUGCCAAGUAUGAUGCAGUAAAAGGAGGGGUUGUGGAGCUGGCAGUACAGGCUUACCAGGCAGCACAGACUGGCACAGAACAGGCAGAUACCAGCUAACACUGCUGCAGUUCUCACGGGUUUCACAAGGGGGCUCUCUUGCAUAAUACAGGCAUGCCAGGCAGCAGACAUGAUCUUCAAGUUGAUGCACUAGUCGGGGUUAUUUUGCUGGGACUUUUGCAGCCUUUACUACAUUUCUACAUCUAUCUCUAUUGGCAUGCAUAUUCUUGUCACUACCCUCCUGUAUAUAGUAAUGUAGAAGUGGCUGCAAAAGACCAACAAAAUAACAGUGACCAAUUCAGCCUGGAGGUUGUAGAACAGGCCAAGGACGUUCACACAUAUCCCCUGAAAAGUGUACCAUUUAAAACAGACCAUCUUUACCAUCUUUACCACCACGGUCUACAAGGAACCAAACCUUUGUCAUAUUGAUGUAAGGAAGUCUACAUGAAAGAAGAUAAAGACAACAAUGAAUUUCAGAACAUCACUUUAUUUUGCAAAAAGUAUUAUACAGAGACUUUCUUGUAUAAGUUCUGCUGACGAGUAUAGAUCAUAGAAACGUUCCCGACAUUCUUACAAAAGCUAGUUUGAAACAUGUACAUAAAGUAAGGUAAUAAAUAGUGUAUUUCUUUCCA